AUGCAAAUUCUACCGUUUUUUUGUUAAAGUUUAUUUCCCCCCCUUUUUUUUUUUUUUUUUUUUCCACCCUUAGCUUAAAAAAAACGCUGGGAAACAGAGCGGCGACAGCCUACGUGCAUUUAAAACACCAUCUCGUCCUCCUAGACCUGCUUUCAUUGCCCUUCUCGCCCUUCCUUCACCCUCCUAGUUGUCCUCCUCCUAGUCCUCCGACUCUACUCCGGCUCUGCUCCUCCUCCCCGCCCUAGUUCUCCCCUCCCUCGCUCUAGUCGCCCUCCUCCUCACCUUCCUCACCCUCCUCGAUAUAAAGCGAACUUCCGUUUUUUACGGCGGUAUGAAAAAAACGACCGUAUAAAACGGCAGUUUUUCUGCACCAGUCAGAAAACACCACUUUUGACCGUUUUAAUCGUAUUAAACUGCCGUUUUAUACAAUCCCGUUUUAUACGGUAAAAAAAAGUAAAAAAAAGCCAUUCUUUUGCACCUUGGGUGGGAGGAACGAGGUGGGUGGGAGGAAGGAGGUGUCGGCGGACGCGGCGAGCUCAGAAGCCGUGGCGGCUGCAGCAUGGCAGGCAGUCAGAUGGAUAGCAGCUUUCUGCCAUGUGGCAGUGUGUGACUAUAGUGAAGGCGAAGGAGGCGGGAAGCAGAGGGCGUGUGAAGACAGGCGAGAGCGGUGAGAGCAGGGGCGUGGCGGGCGGGAGGAACGGCCGGACCGGAGGAGGUGGGGAGGGGCAGGGGGGCAUGGAGCGGCAUGCAGGCAUGGAGGCCGUGGCAGCGCUGGCAUGGUGAGGGGAGGAGGGCAGUGGUAAAAAGGAGGGACUGUGCUGGUAGUCUUGACUUUGCAGGUGUGUGCUGGUGGUCUUGACUUUGCAGCUGUGUGCUGGUGCUCUUGACUUUGCAGCUGUGUGCUGGUGCUCUUGACUUUGCAGCUGUGUGCUGGUGCUCUUGACUUUGCAGCUGUGUGCUGGUGCUCUUGACUUUGCAGCUGUGUGCUGGUGGUCUUGACUUUGCAGCUGUGUGCUGGUGGUCUUGACUUUGCAGCUGUGUGCUGGUGGUCUUGACUUUGCAGCUGUGUGCUGGUGGUCUUGACUUUGCAGCUGUGUGCUGGUGGUCUUGACUUUGCAGCUGUGUGCUGGUGGUCUUGACUUUGCAGCUGUGUGCUGGUGGUCUUGACUUUCCAGCUGUGUGCUGGUGCUCUUGACUUUGCAGCUGUGUGCUGCUGCUCUUGAAUUUGCAGCUGUGUGCUGGUGGUCUUGACUUUGCACCUGUGUGCUGGUGCUCUUGACUUUGCAGCUGUGUGCUGGUGCUCUUGACUUUCCAGCUGUGUGCUGGUGCUCUUUACUUUCCAGCUGUGUGCUGGUGCUCUUGACUUUGCAGCUGUGUGCUGGUGGUCUUGACUUUGCAGCUGUGUGCUGGUGGUCUUGACUUUGCAGCUGUGUGCUGGUGGUCUUGACUUUGCAGCUGUGUGCUGGUGGUCUUGACUUUGCAGCUGUGUGCUGGUGGUCUUGACUUUCCAGCUGUGUGCUGGUGCUCUUGACUUUGCAGCUGUGUGCUGGUGCUCUUGACUUUGCAGCUGUGUGCUGGUGGUCUUGACUUUGCAGCUGUGUGCUGGUGGUCUUGACUUUGCAGCUGUGUGCUGGUGCUCUUGACUUUGCAGCUGUGUGCUGGUGGUCUUGACUUUGCAGCUGUGUGCUGGUGGUCUUGACUUUGCAGCUGUGUGCUGGUGCUCUUGACUUUGCAGCUGUGUGCUGGUGGUCUUGACUUUGCAGCUGUGUGCUGGUGGUCUUGACUUUGCAGCUGUGUGCUGGUGCUCUUGACUUUGCAGCACAGCUCUCACCUUCACCUGUGUGCAGCCCUCACCUUCACCUGUGUGCAGCUCUCACCUUCACCUGUGUGCAGAUGCUCUCACCUUCACCUGUGUGCAGCUCUCACCUUCACCUGUGUGCAGAUGCUCUCACCUUCACCUGUGUGCUGCUCUCACCUUCACCUGUGUGCAGCUCUCACCUUCACCUGUGUGCAGCUCUCACCUUCACCUGUGUGCAGCUCUCACCUUCACCUGUGUGCAGCUCUCACCUUCUCGCGCUUGUCGCUCCCACCACCAUCCUACCCUCUCCUCUUCCUGCCGCUGCCUCUGCCUCGCCCUCGCGCUCCCCCCGCCCCACACUGCCACCUGCCACGGCCCAUGCCUUGCUCUCCGCCCUCCUCGCUCUCCUCUCCUCCCCCUGCCCCGCCCUCUCCUUCCUAUCGCGUGCUGCUCUCUCCCAGGCGCUCACAGCUGCACCCGUCCGUCGGCUUCUUUGCCCACGGCGAGCACCAGCUGACCCGCAUGUGCCUCACAUCCCUGCCGCACCAGCGACUGCUGCAACGCCCAGUGGGGGGCACAACCAUGGCUGGGGAGUAGGUGAGGGAGGCACUUGGGACAGCAGCAGCGGCGCCCGUACCUGCGCCCCCCCGUUCCGAGCAUUUGAGGGGACCCACCCAUCCUCCCCUCGCCACCUGCUGUCCAUCGCCGCCCUGGCGUCCUCUGCCCUGCGCCACGCGUCCCUGGCGUGCCGCCUGUGCUUGCGCGGGCAGAGGGAGCGCGCCGCUGCAGUGCUGUGUGGGGCCAACACGCCCAGGGACGAGGUGGAAGCUUCCUCGAAGCUGCUCAUGGUGGCGGCUCUGGCGUUUGACUGGCGAUGCCAGGAGGCGUUGCGGGCGGAGGGAGGCGUGCGGGCGGUGGGGGCGGUGGUGGUGGCACGGGUGGAGAUGUGGAUGGGGGGGAGGGAAGAUUCGAGGGGCAGUGGUGAGGAUGGGAGGAAGGGCGAGGGGCGAGCAGGGUCAAGGGAGGGGGAGGCGUUGACAGAUGAAGGGCGGAUGUCACGUGGAGACACAGGUGCGGACGAGGAUGAGUGGGGAUGGGUGGAAAGGAGCGAUGCGUGGUGGGAAGAGGGGGAGCUGGAGGGAGAGGAGGAUGAGGUGAUGGGGGAUGGGGUAAGUUGUGAGGCCAGGAGUGAGGCACGCAGUGAGGUGGGGGAGGGUGGUGACAUCACGCCUCUGCUGCACGCCCAUCAGUGGCAUGCCAUGCCACAUGCUCCAUACUCUGCUGACGUCAUCCUGUUAUCUGCCCUGAGCCCUCCUGUCCCUCCUGCUCCCCCCAUCCGCCGUACUGCACCGCCCCACCUCGCCACCCUCCGCCCUCUCCGUGCUGCCAUCUCUCCCACCCACGCCACCCGACCUCCCAUCAGCCCCUCACCCUGCGCUCCCCCACGCCCUCCUCCUCCCCUCGCUCGCUCGCCUUCUCCAUCCCGCAUCCCCUGCCGGGCUCCGCUGCCUCGCGGCCCGCUGCCUCUCCCUCUGCCGCUCCGUGCCCCUAGCACUCCCGCACUCCCCUGCCGUGCCUGCUGCGUCUGCGCGGCCCUGCGAUGGCGUGCCUCCACAAUCGGUGCGCCCUCUCCUGUUGCUCGCCACAUCCGCUCUGCUCUCUGCUCCUCCGCCUCCCCUUCGCCAUCCUCCCCCCCUGCCACCACGCACACGCCCUUCACCCCUCGCACGUCCUGUCCAGCAGGCGCCAGGGCGCAUGUGGCCUUCAUCCUCUCCCACCCCUUCUCCUCCCCGCCCUCCUCUGCCAUCUCCCCUCAGCAAGUCGUGGCCCACGGGGCAAUCAUCACUGCGCGCUGCCCCGCCCUCCUCGCGCCCCUCAAGGUCCCCUCCGCGUCUGCCCGCCCCGCUCCCCCUCGCCCCCUUCCCAGCCGCCCCGCUCCUCCCGUUCCAGGCAAGGUCGAGGGGGCAAGUGGGCACAGACUGGCUGGGGAAGGAGGAGAAGGGCUGGAGAGAGAGAGGUGGGAGGCACGUGCACGUGCAGGUGCUGGCGCUGGCGGGCGGGCACGUGCACACGCAGGGGUUGUGAGGGAGGUGGGACUGGGGAAGGGUGUGACUGCUGAGGCCUUCAGUCAGUUGCUGGAGUAUAUUUACACAGGACAGGUGUCACUCUCUCAUUCACCAUCACAGGAUCUGCUGCAGUUGGCUAUGAAGUGCCGAUUGGAUGGGCUCGUUGCGCUGCUUCGCUGUGAUUGGCCGAUUUGGGCCAAGGAUGACGUUAGUGGGUGUGAUCUGACGUCAGCACUUGGUCCCGCUGGAGUGCCUUGGAGCGACGUUGUCCUCUGCGUGCCGUGCCACUGCCAUGCCCCCCGCCGCCACUCUGGUGAACACCCAGCCAGCCGUGGCAGCAGAGGGGAAGGAGGGCAUGGGGCAUGCGGGGGGCCAGGCACAGGAGAUGAGGCAGAGGGGCGGCACAGGAGAUGAGGCAGAGGGGCGGCACAGGAGAUGAGGCAGAGGGGCGGCACAGGAGAUGAGGCAGAGGGGCGGCACAGGAGAUGAGGCAGAGGGGCGGCACGGCGGCAUGUGGCGGUGUGUGCGAGUGGCGGCGCACCGCUGUUUGCUGGCUGCCAGGAGCCAGUACCUGGGAGCCAUGUUCCGCCGCAGCAUGCGCGAGAGCCGUCCAUCUCGCCUCUCUCGCUGACCAGUGGAUGCUGCCUGCUCUGCACACUGCCACCCUGUGCUAUGUGGCAACACGGCUUCGCGCUACGUGUCACGACACAGCCAUCAGCGGUCACUGGGUCAGCAGCAGCAUGCAGUACAGUGGUGGCAGCAGCAACGGCAGCAGCGGCCGCACCUCUGCAUGGAGCCAGGCGCCCUGGGAAGCUAUGGAGGCGGUGGUGCGGGCCGCAUGGGCGGUGGGGCAGUGGGAGGUGGUGGGAGAGGCGGUGCGGUGCAUGGCCCGCCGGUACCCCGCCAUGCGCGACAGCGGCGGGCUGGACGUGCUGCCGGAUGAGGUGCAGGUGGCGCUCAGGGAGGCGUACGUGCAGAUGAAAGUGAAUCCAUAGAGUUGGAGAUGCCUAGGAGCAGAUUGGCAACACAGGAAGGAGGAUCUCACGGUAGAUUCACCAGGAGUCAAGGACAAGGUAUUCCUUUUGUCAAGUGCAUGGGCAGGAAGAGUUAGAUUGGAGUGGAAUUUGGGCUUCCUGCCCUGGCAGGAAGGGCUGGCGAUGAAGGUACCACUAUCAAACAGUGAAAUUAAUGAAUAGGGAGAGAGAGAGUACACAAACAUAUACCUAACAGUUGUACUCUCUAGAAGAUGACCCUAUACAGU